AUGACGACAUUCUUGUUUCCAUUACUAGCAGCCUUCCUCAUCAACGUAAGAGGUGAUGGAGAGGUUAGCACCAAGUUGGGACCAACAGUUGUGCACAUAGGCUGGAAGGUCGACUUCGCCGAUCAAUCAGUUCUAUUUACUGUGACACAGGCUCGCACACCUCUCACCUACGUGAUCAUUGGAUUUUCCGAUCAUGGUUUUUACAAUAAUUCAGAUAUUUGCAUUUAUCGAGGAGGAAAAUUAAGGGACGGUUACAUCGACGGACGUUUUCAAAUACAGUUUGAUCGAAGUCAGGAUUGUCAACUGGAGAAGAGGCAAGGAAACAGAUUUCAAUUCCGGAGACGAUUCACCACAUGCGAUCCAAAGGACUUUGCCUUCGAACCAGGCACGACACAAUUUAUUAUCGCAGGAGGAUACGAGUUUACGCGGGAUUUUAGCAGCAGUACCGUAAUGAAGGACCUACGCUAUGGACUUCUCAUCGAUUUGGAUGCUGACUCCACAAACUCACUGGAAUCGGAAGGAGCACAUUUUAAAAUCCUGGCUGAUAAUGCGCUUAUUCCUAACGUAGUCACAACGUAUUGGUGUGUCAUCAAACGAAUACCAGCUGUCCUAAGCGUCCAGAAGCAUCAUAUUAUUCAGAUAAAUCCAUACAUUAAAAAGGGCAACGAGAAUCUUGUCCAUCACAUGGAAAUUUUCCGUUGCGAAACCGACUACGAAGAAGAAUACAGUGGAUAUUGUGACGGUUUAACGAUGUCAGCAACAGCAAGGUCCUGCAGUCACGUAAUUGCUGCUUGGGCCAUGGGAGAAGGGCCAAUUUAUUUCCCGCCUGAAGCUGGUCUCCCUCUAGGUGGCGAAUACGGUAAGGACUAUAUAAAGGUGGAGAUCCACUACAAUAAUCCUGGUUUGUUGUCUGGUGUGGUUGAUAAUUCUGGAUUUGAACUCGUUGUAACAACAGAACUCAGAGAAUACGAUGCAGGAAUUCUGGAAAUUGGUCUUAUAUAUUCUGAUGCUAACUCCAUUCCUCCUGGUCAAUCUGCGUUUCCACUGACCGGGCACUGUGUAGCAGAUUGUACAAGUAGGUUACCCUCCGGGGGAAUCCAUAUUUUUGGAUCGCAACUCCAUGCGCAUUUGUCUGGUCGAAAAAUUUUCACAAGUCAUUAUCGACAUGGUGUGAAGAUAGGUGAAAUCAAUCGUGACAACCACUACAGUCCUCACUGGCAGCAUAUUGUCUUCAUCCGUCCAUACGUUCACGUUAUGCCUGGUGAUGUACUUUCGACCACCUGCGUUUACGAGACACUCUCUAAGGAUGUGAUGACUCUGGGAGGAUACGGGAUCGAAGACGAAAUGUGUGUUAAUUAUGUCUACUACUUCCCUGCAGCGGAAGUAGAAGUUUGCAAAUCAGCAAUAGACAACACGACAUUGCACAACUACUUCAAACAUGAGCAUGGUAUCAACAAUUGGGAUCUCCCCAUCCACGUGAAGUAUGAAAGUGUGGAUUGGACCGACGAAAAUGCGUUGUCUUUGAAAGAGUUGUAUGCGGUAGCUCCUCUGAACAUGCACUGUUAUCGAAACGACGGAUCGCUGUUCCCGAAUCAUCCAACGAACUGGACUGCAGUACCAAGACCAAGAAUCUUUACAGCUCCAUUCCUGAAUAACCUCCACCUUCUGGGAUUCGCAAGAAUGUUCCUACGUCUUCUCAUCCUCACAGCUGUUUACGUGCAUGUGUACGCCGACGCCAAUGAUGCUAAUAACGGGAUUUCUUGCUCCUUCUGCAGAGCUGGACUAGCUAGCAUGACAGCCACCAUUCAGUCUAAUCCGGAUCUCAUGGGUCAGUUGGGCGACACGAUUUCACAAGGAUGUGACCAGGUCCCAAAUGAGUUACAGCGACGUGCAUGCAGAAUAACCCUAGACGACAAUUUUCCGCUUUUCCUUCAGAAUUUCUUACAACAACCCGGCACAACUUCUGGAGAUUUUUGCAAGGAUAUGGGCUAUUGCUAA